AUGGUGAGCAAGGAGGAGUUCGACAAGGCCGCGGAGGAGGUCAAGGCGAUCACGAAGUGCACGAACGACGAGCAGCUCGAGCUGUACGGCUGGUUCAAGCAAGCGAACGUCGGCGACUGCAACAUCGCCCGCCCCGGGAUGUUCGACCCGAAAGGGAAAGCGAAGUGGGACGCGUGGGACAAGUGCAAGGGCGUGUCCUCGGAGGAAGCGAUGAAGAACUACGUCGAGCUCGUCGAGUCGCUGAAGGCCAAGUACGCGUGA